ACCGAAGCGAGGUGUUGGACAGCUGUGCCCGGAAAUACCGACGUUUUGUGCCGAAAGAAUUGUGGGGACAGGGGAAAGCGUACUGGGGACGAUUCCAGAUCUUAUAGAAGUGCUUCUGAUCAUCUAUCCCCGUCUGGUGUUGGGACCACCCUGCCGUGCGUCUGACACUCAUGAUGGUGUCUUACUACUACCUCGCCCUGCUGCCGCUUCUAUACUCUAUUCGGAACUCACUGCCGCUUGCCUGGACCGCUCGGGUCUUCUACAUCAUCCACACACGCUCCAUUGCCUCGACGCCUUCCCUCCAUCCUCUGAUCCCAAAGGCGCUUUCCUACUUUCUGCCCAAGCUCUUCCCACCGAGACCGAAGAAGGGAAUCACAACUGUCGUCAAGCCAUACCAGGUGCUAUCAUGUCUUCCUCCUCCAAAUUCCUCCAUCUUCAACCUCACCUCGAUCUCCAAGCAUGUUGCCUCCAUCGACGAGUGUGAUAUGAAUAUGCAUCUGAGCAACUCUUCAUAUCCGAAAAACUUCGACUUUGCAAGGCUACACUUUGCCUACUCCAUCCUCACGCGGGGAUUGUUGGAGGCGAGCAAGCGGGACAAGGCGUGGAUUGCAUUGGGCGGUACGAGCUUCAGAUUCCUAAAGGAGAUCCCUCUGGGAAGCAGCUAUCAGGUCGAGGUCAGGGUCUGGACCUGGGACUCCAAGUGGGUCUGUGAGUAGCAAAGUCGUGCUCGAUCCGCUUUGGAACAGGUUCUGAUGCUCAUUGACCACGUUACUGUGCCUCCGUGCUCUUCUCUCUAUCCUGCUUCUGUCCUCCCCUUCUUAGACUCCAUUGGCAAGUUCAUCUCCAAGUCGAAGAAGAAAGGCGGCAAGCCAACAGUCCACUGCAUCGCCCUCGGCAGGCUCUGUGUAAAGUCGGGGAGGAAGACGAUUCCGCCGUGGUUCUUUUGGUCGAUCUGCGGCUUCACACCCU